AUGAGCGAGCAAUGUGUUCUGAUACCGGGAGAAUUUGGUGUGUUCGUGCAGGUCUUCAUCGGGUGUGUAUCCAUAGGCAUAUUAAUAACCAAAUAUCUCUUCGAGAAGCCAAGAAGAACCUUUCUCAAAUUUCUCAAGGAUGUAAUUGUUAUCAUAUGUGGAUCAGUAACACUACAUAUAACAAACAUAUUUUCGUGCAUAUUUAUUUUCCGAUACCACAUACUGUCUUAUCUGUAUAAAAUUGAUAUGGAUGAAUGCUCCAUUUAUUUUGUUCAGAUAAUAAUGGAUGCUACAUUGGGUUUAUACGUAGAAUACAAAUUAUUUACAUUAUUUAAGUUACUAAAAUUUAGAAAUGAAUACCUACAAAACAACUCUAUAUCAUCCAUAUACAAACCGACGGAUGCUCUCUCUCACUAUUCCUCCUUCGUCACCUUUUCCAACAGUAAUGAUUUACAGAAAGGGAAAGAUGCAAAAAGCAGGGGUACUAUGAGAAGAACAAAAAAAGCCUACCUUGAUCCUUGCUCCAACUCAUCGAACGGAAAAAAUGAAUCUACAGUAAAAGACAAUGCCGAUACGUUUAACUCAAAUGAAAACGCUGGUGUGUCUUCCACAAAUGAGCCUCCACAAAAUCGUUCAAACAAUUUGGAAAGGGCCAAAGAUAGUAACGCGGGUAACACGGAUAAUGCACUGCAUAAUGAGUCGCCCUGCAAAAGUGUGGGCAAGCACCUCGCGCCCACCGGAGGCCUAACAAGCGCGGAAGUAACGACCCAAGGGCUAAGCAAAACAAAAGAAACGAAUGAGACGAGUCAAACGAAUGAAAAAAAUAAAAUGCGCCUAGUGAAGGACACCAAGCGCACAAACGCACAUCCGGAGGAAGCGAACAAGCGCGAACAGGAAGGAGGGCAUUUCAACGCGGAAGAUGCAACCAACACACGGAAAGAACAAAACACCUACGAAGAAGAUAGACAAUACAACAAAUAUAAAAAAUACUACAACAACAACUGCGAAGACUACAAAAAUGAGUUAAAAUUACUGACCAAAGAACCUGCCAAUGAAGAAGUAUGCAUUCAGAUAAACGAAAAUGGUGUUGACAAUAAAGAAAUGGGAGCUACCUACGAAAAUAAAAAUUCGGAGAUUUACAAGAAAAUUGAAGAAAAUUACAUGGACACGGAUUUGUUUCAAAAUAUUCUCAUCUGGGUAUCUGUAGUCCUAAUAGCUAAGUUUAUAUCCUUGCUCAUUUUUUUCCUCUUGUCUCCGAUCUUUAAUAUAUUCGUCAUGGGAACCAUAGCCCACAUCAACGAUAUGAGGUACAAGCUCCUCGUAGUGAUGAUCAUCGUACCCUUCUUCUUCAACUUUAUCAUGUAUUUCUACAUGGAUAGUAUAGUCAAGACUAAGAACACGUGCAAUAGUGCGAGUAUCGAUAAAAUUUAG